AUGGUUCACGAAAAGAGUUUAAUAAAGCCGGCGGUCGACAAACACAUGACUAUAUGCAGAGUCGAGUGCCUGUGUAUUGCGCCAAACCUAAGCCGACUGGCCGUCUGUACGUCGGCUAACAAUCAGAUCAUAUUAUUUGACGCAAACAGUAAUGAAGAGAAGGAUAAGUUUGCCCUCAAAUCGACGGCUAAAAACUUUAGCCGAAAGUCGUUUGUCGUCAAAGGGAUAGCGUUUUCGCCCGACUCUCAGAAGUUGGCGAUCGGACAAUCAGAUUGUGUUAUAUUUGUCUAUAAAAUUGGCGAAAACUGGGGCGAUAAGAAAGCAAUUGUUAAUAAAUAUAGUCUCCAAAAUCCGGUCACAUGUCUGAUGUGGAACUCCGCCGGAAUAGUAUUCGGUUCACUCGAUGGCAAAGUAAAAGUGGUUCAAACGCAGACAAACAAGAUGUUUGGUUUAAUGGCCAGCAAUUCAUUAGUGGUGUCGCUGUCGGUUAGCGGGGAGACCAUUGUCUGUGGCUUUCAGAGCGGAUUAAUUAUGAUGAAUGCGUUUAACGUGAGGGACAACACCGGCAAACAAGUGGUCACUCACUCGUGUCCGCCGUUCGCGUUGACGCUCUCGCCGUCGGGUUAUGUGUGCGCCGCCGGAUGUGACGGACGGAUCAGUUUCAUAAACAUCGCCGUCCAAAACACUGGCCAACGAUCGGCCGCUAAUUACACCAAACAGAACAUAGAGUACGGCAAUGAGAUCUCGUGUGCCAUCGCAUCCACUUCUGGCAAUAUAACUGUCUUGAGUUCGUUGGAAAAGUUACUGAUCUUUGAGUUGGAUUCGCGUGUUUGGCGGCAGAAGAAUAUCAUCGAACUGAGCGGCGCUUAUGUCAUAACAGGCCUUUACUGGUCACUCGACGGCACGAAGAUUAUGACGGGAACAGUGAACGGCGCGGUCGACCUCUUUGAAUGCAAGUGGAAAACCAAAGUGAUUGGCGACAAACUCGAGAUCAGUUACGUCGGGAACCGACAAGUGGUGAUCAAAGACCUACACAAAGGGUCGACCGCUUUGUUUCACUCAAACUUUGAUAUAAAAGAUGUGAAAAUAAUUAGAGAUAACUUUGCGGUCGUUUUCACCACAAAUACAUUGAUUUUGUGCGAUAUUUAUGAGCCAAACGAGAAACGAUCGGAGAUUGACUGGACAGGUAUGACCACCGAUGGCCUCAAGUUUAGCUUCGACUACGAGAAUGUGGCCCUCAUUAAUGUUGUCGGAGAACUAUAUUUAGUUGAAUUGGGAUCCAAUGAAUUGUUGGCUUCCGUGCGGACAGACUUCGUGAGCCAACAUCUGAUGAGCGUUCGCAUAAAUGAGCGCAAAAGUGGCACAAAAACGUUGGCCUAUCUGUUGGACGUCAAGACUGUAACAAUUCUGGACCUGAUAUCUGGUGUACAACUCUUGGUGUGGACUCAUAACGAGCGGAUCGAUUGGAUCGAAAUGAACGAAACGGGGAAAAAGUUACUGUUUAGGGACCGGUCGUUGAAACUCAAUCUACUGGAUGUGUUUCAACAGGAAAGUCACGUCAUUUUAAAUUUCUGUGGAUUUGUUCAAUGGGUUCCCGGGAGUGAUGUGAUUGUCGCCCAAUCGCGGGACAAACUGUACGUUUGGUACGAUUUAGAUAAGCCGGUCAUUCAUGCGGUGAUCGGCGGCUCACAAAACGACGCGAUGGGUAUCGAGCGAGAGUCCGGAGUCACUAAAGUUUUGUUCACAAUUAGCGGCACUGAUAUAGUGUUGGAUGAAGUGCUGCUCGAGUUUGACACAGCCAUUGAAGACGCAGAUCUGGAAAGAGCCGAACUAUUCUUGGAGUCACUGCCGGUGUCGGCCGAGUCUGAGUCAAUGUGGAAAUUGUUGGCAAACGUGGCGCUUAAGAACUCAAACCUGUUGAUCGCCGAGCGUUCUUUCGCAGCCAUCGGUGACAUAAGCCGCGCGGUGUUUGUCCGCGAGUGCGCCGAUAAUUACGGUCGACUCACACUCUUAGACAACGAUUGGUCCGCUUUUGAAGAGUCGGUAGAUUUUGACGAAGUAAUCGACACUUAUAUUGAGUUACAUAAAUGGGAAAAAGCGAUUGAUUUGUCCGUCAGGUCCGGGCGUUCAGAUAUUAAGGAUGAUUUAGAGCAGCGGUACUACAAUUGGCUGCUGGACUCGGGACAGGAGGCCGACGCCGGGCUCAUAAUGGAGAGGUCCGGCAAAUACGAGGAGGCGUUGCGUCUGUAUAUAAAGUCCGGUCGUUUAGUGCAGGCGUCGAAACUCAUACUCAACAACAGUAAGAGAAACGCCGAUACCAUCAGCCGGUCCUCAAUAGAGCAGGUGAUCCGCGAAUUGACUUCAGCCGAGUUCUACGAAGAGGCGGGUCUUCUCUAUGAGACCAGUGCUGUCAACGAUAAGACCGCAGCUCUCGAUAACUACAUUAAAGGCAACGCUUAUGCGAAAGCAAUCUCUUUGGCCAGAAAGGAGUUUCCCGACGAAGUGGUGGCGCUUGAACUUAAGUUUGCCGAGUGGUUGUUCAAUGAAGCCAAUGACCCGUCGGGUGCGGUCAACCAUUUUAUAGAAGCGGGCAAAACGGAUAGAGCUCUGGAGGCGGCCAUUCAGGCCCAACAGUACGACAGAGCCAUCGAAAUCGCGGCCAUUUUGGACAAUAUUCCCACACAUUUUGGCAAAAAGAUUGGCACUUAUUUCGCGGGAAAGGAUCAAAUCGACACAGCGAUCGAGAUAUACCUCAACUCCGGGUGCAUUCGCGAAGCCAUCGCCCUAUUGAACAAUAAGGGUCAGUAUUCGCGCGCCUAUAAGUUGGCCCGAAAACUGAUGGACCCGUCGGAGGCCAAAGAGAUGUACGAAUCAAUCGCCAAAUCGCUAGAAGCGGACGGAAAGUACAAAGAGGCGGAACGGAUAUACAUUACCUGCGAUGACGUGGACUCAGCCAUCAGUAUGUAUAAGAGUGCCAAACAAUACGAACCGAUGAUCAGACUCGUCAAACAAUAUCACACCGACCUUUUGACCGACACUCACUUGCAUUUAGCGAAAGAGUUGGAAACAGAGGGAUCACUACAUCAGGCAGAAAGUCAUUACGUGUCGGGUGGAGAGUGGAAGUCAGCCGUUCAGAUGUACAAGAAUACCAACCACUGGGAAGAGGGCUAUCGCGUGGCGCGCGCUAACGGCGGCGUUCAGGCGGCCAAACAAGUGGCCUAUCAUUGGGCGCAAUCGUUGCAGAGCGCGGACGCGGCCGUCAAACUUCUGUCACGGUUUGGUCUUCUGAAUCAAGUGGUGGACUACGCGGUCGACGCCAAUGAGUACGUGUUCGCCAACUCAUUGAUCGCUCACUCGGGCCCAGAGCUGAGGCAUAAGAUGAUCGAAGUUAAGCUGAAAUACGCGGUUUGGUUGGAGGACGAGAAGCGCUACUCCGACGCGGAGGUGAUGUUCUGCGAGGCCAACAAACCGCGCGAAGCGGUGCUCAUGCAUAAGAUGAUCGAAGUUAAGCUGAAAUACGCGGUUUGGUUGGAGGACGAGAAGCGCUACUCCGACGCGGAGGUGAUGUUCUGCGAGGCCAACAAACCGCGCGAAGCGGUGCUCAUGUAUUUACAUAACGCGGCCUUCGAUGACGCCCUCCGUGUGGCCGAAGAGGCCAUGAAUGACGAGGAAGUGGUUAGGGAUGUGCUGACAGCACAGGCGCAGACUAUACUGCAGAGGGGCCGCCGCGGUGUUGAUGACAUGAAUCGUGCGGAACACCUGCUGCUGAGGGCCGGGAGGAUAGAAGUGGCCGUAAAGAUAUAUAAGGAGAGCGGUAUGUGGGAAGAGGCACUUCGGGUGUGCGAACAGUUCGCACCGCAUCUCAUAGAUUCGGUGAAACGCGAAAUGAUUGCCGAAACACAUAAUAGUGACCGUUAUUUGUCGGGAACUAAUACUCGCGAGAAUUCUGGCCGAAGUACGCGCUCUAUAGGCGAUCGAUCGACUCAUUCAGACCUAUCGGCGCUCAACAAUAAUGUGACAGAUUUGAGACAGAAUCUGAAGAUUGCGGAACAAAAUGGCGACAAAGAAUCGGUUUUGAGAUAUACUGUGCUAUUGAGCACACAAAUGGUCAAAGAGGGCUCGACUACCGAUGCUCUGAACAAGGUUCUGAUGGCCACUUCGAGCUCGGAAUCGGAACUGGAAAUCAUCGAAAGAUACUUAAUGGUCACGCAUUGGUUUGCGUUGAAAGCAAUCCUGCGCUCAAUGGAUGGUCAGUCAAACGCCACGGAAUUGCACUCAAAGAUCACAAUAGCUCUUCUCCGGUACACCGAUAUCGUUCGGGUGGACAAAGCCUUCUAUGAGGCCGGACUCGUGGCCAAAGACAGCGGUCGACUCGAAAUGGCGUUUGUCUUCUGGAAUCACUUCUUAGACUUAGUGGACGCCAUAGAAGAGGGCGACUAUAACGUGGAUCACUCGGAUUUUAUGGGCACUGACAUCCCGUUUGAAGUACACGUGCCCACAGAGGUGUUCAACGCCGACGUGUCGUCCAACACUCGAGAGGAGGUCAAGAGUUGGAUCCUUCAGAUAUCGAUGGAUUCACACGUCUCGCAGUCACUACCGUUGGACGCCCUCCGAGAGGGCGAUGUCUAUGAGGCGAGUCUUAUAAAUGGCGACUCCAGCCGUUGUCUGCCGUGUUUGGUCACCGGAUAUCCUGUUAUUAAGCAUAAGAUGUUGGAGUUUAAGCCCGGAAAGUAUGCCGUCAACAAAGAUGACUGGAAUAAACUUCUUAUGUUAACAAAGGUUACGGCAAGCGAUGACUUGAAAGAUGUUUUGCAUUUUGUGGGCAAACUAUACGGAAACGCGACGACCGCUCGCUUCUCAUUCCAGCAUCAACUAUUGAACAGUUUAGUGUUGGAUGAAGUGCUGCUCGAGUUUGACACAGCCAUUGAAGACGCAGAUCUGGAAAGAGCCGAACUAUUCUUGGAGUCACUGCCGGUGUCGGCCGAGUCUGAGUCAAUGUGGAAAUUGUUGGCAAACGUGGCGCUUAAGAACUCAAACCUGUUGAUCGCCGAGCGUUCUUUCGCAGCCAUCGGUGACAUAAGCCGCGCGGUGUUUGUCCGCGAGUGCGCCGAUAAUUACGGUCGACUCACACUCUUAGACAACGAUUGGUCCGCUUUUGAAGAGUCGGUAGAUUUUGACGAAGUAAUCGACACUUAUAUUGAGUUACAUAAAUGGGAAAAAGCGAUUGAUUUGUCCGUCAGGUCCGGGCGUUCAGAUAUUAAGGAUGAUUUAGAGCAGCGGUACUACAAUUGGCUGCUGGACUCGGGACAGGAGGCCGACGCCGGGCUCAUAAUGGAGAGGUCCGGCAAAUACGAGGAGGCGUUGCGUCUGUAUAUAAAGUCCGGUCGUUUAGUGCAGGCGUCGAAACUCAUACUCAACAACAGUAAGAGAAACGCCGAUACCAUCAGCCGGUCCUCAAUAGAGCAGGUGAUCCGCGAAUUGACUUCAGCCGAGUUCUACGAAGAGGCGGGUCUUCUCUAUGAGACCAGUGCUUGGAGAAACUUAAUACACAUCUAA